CAUGUGCGCGCGCCUCGUGUUGUGUUUGUGUAACCUUUUUCCUUCCUCCGUGGUGUAACUAGUGUCACCGCGUUUUCAAAUGUCUAAGCUUGUCAUGAACGUGUUCGUGGCGUGACGACCAGUGUGUGUCGUGUCCAACUACAGCGUGUGCAUUACAGUGUCAUUCCAUGGGCAAGUCCGGCAAUAGCAGUGGCAGUGAGGAGCACUUCAGCUCAGCUGAAGAUGAUAUGCAGGAGCCCGAAGCCGAGCCAGAGGAGGAACCGACUGAUCUUCCUGCAGCUCUGGCCACCCUGGAGGCUCAGCGCCAAAGAUGCCGUGAGCUGAUGCACCUCAAUGUGGUUUUGCGUCGGAACCUGGAGAUCACGACGCGUACCAAUGAGGAGCUCACAAGUGAGGUGCAUGAGCUCACCGAGGAAUGGCGACAAGCAGACCGCUCACGGAAUGGCAAUCGACCACAGGGCCUGCAGUCUCGGCUCUCCGUGAUGUCGCAGUGUCAGCAGGACUUGGCAGAGCUACGACAAGACCUCGCCCAGCUGCGCCAGGCAGUGUGUACCCACUUCUCUCACCUUAAAGUUGGGCUUGAGACAGCACUGGCCCAACUGAUCACCACAUCGGCAGACAGGUGCAACCUCUCUCAGCAGAUAGCGGAGGAUCUGAAUCGGCAAAUAGAAGUGUUGAACGCUGAGAAUGAUCGUUUGCAGCUAGCACUCGACCAAGCUGGCCACCUUGCCCAGGACCAGGGCCAUGCGCUCGACCGGAGCAGCUGUGAAGUCGACAGUCUGCGGAGUCAGGUGUCUGAGCUGCAGGCCAAGCUGACCAUAUUGAACGAUGCAUGCCAGAAGAGCCGGAAUGAAGAGAGCCACCUGCAGGUUCAGCUGAACCAGCAGCGCACAUCAGCACUGCAUGAGCUGGAAGCCUUGCGCACUGCACUGCAUCACACACAGGAGCUGAACAACCAACUGGCAGCUGAGAGGGAUGCUCAACAGGAAUCAUCGGAGCAGCUAGAGCGCCAGGCACGGGAGAGCACAGUCCGCCUGAAGUCGCUCCUGCGGGAGAGCGAAUCUCAUCAGGCGGAGCUGCGGCAGAAGCUGACGAGCAAGCACCACGAGCUGCUCAGUGCUCAAACUGCACACCUCGAGGCAACGUCGUUUGCGGAGGCAUUGUCCAAGGAGGUUGGUGAGCUGAAGGAGCAGUUGUCUGUGGAGCGCCGGGAACGAGAGGCCCAGGCAGAGAAGCAGGCAGAGGACCUUGCAUGGCAGGUGGCCUCCCAAGAAAAACUGCAGCAGCAGGCACGCUCUGACAAGGAGGCCCUGGAGAAAGCGUUGCAGCGAGCCCAGGCACGAGCAGACGCUCAGGCAGACACGUGUCGCCGGGCCUGUUCGGAUGUGGAUGCAUUGCAAGCUCGGCUGGCGGAGGAGAGAUCAUCCCACCAAGAGGUGCUGGCCAAGCAUGAUCAGGCCCUGGCUUGUGUGCAAAGCGAGCACCGCAAGGAGGUGCAGCGGCUACGUGUUGAGCACGAAGCCACAGUAAGCCGGAUUCUCAAAGAGCAGGGUCGUCUGAGGCACGAGCUUUCGGAGAAGCUGCAACAGCAAAUCCAAUCGAUCGCUGAUCGUGAGAAGAGUCUGCGGGAAGAAACCGAUGCCUUCUGCAAAAAAAUUGAGCUGCUGGAGGUCCAUGGACAACAGACCCAGGCUGCACACGAGGAGGAGCGAAAGCUGCUUGGUCAGGGCCUGGCUCAGUGCCGCAGCCAGCUGCGGACUCUGCACCCUGAGCUCACUGCCCUGAAAGAAGAGGUAACCCAGGCUCGCCUGGAGGCGCACCUAAGCUGUCUCAGGGAAGCCUUUACACACUUGGGCCAACGAGAGCGGAGCUUGCAGCAUUGCCUGAGGCAGGCAGACGAACGUGCAACACAUUUGCAACAUGAUCUUGAGCAAGCUGGCCUCAGGAUCGCUAAGUUGGAAGCUGAAAUAGCGAUAGAGACCCGACAGCUCUUGGAGACUCGUCGAUUAAGUGAAGAGGAGCGGGACCAGCUGCACCGCCUUGUUGGUGAUCUACGUGAAAGCAUUGACCAGGCAAAGAUUGAGAAAGACGCUGCACACCGGGAUGCUGCCAACACUUUUCGAGAGAUGGAGACCUUACGGGCAGAGCUGGCGGCCGAGUGUGCCCGCUUGCGGGAACAACAUCAGGAGGAGCAGCGAGUGCUGCGAGCCGAGGCAGAGGCGAGACUGCAACGGGAAAGGGCUUUCUGGAAGGCCAAGGUGUCGCUGUGCGACUCGGAGAUGCGUGCCGUUCGUGCCGAGGCCUCACAGCUGCAGGAGCAGCUGCGGGAGGUGCAAGAGCAGUUGGUCCUGGAUCAGGCUUCCCACCAGGCACAGGCAGGCCAGGCGGCGCUGCAGCGCACACAGGACCAGACCGACUGGCAGCGUCACCUACUGCAUAAGGGCCAGGAGCUGCACCAGUUGCGGCUGGCUGUGAGCACAGCCCAGGGAAAGACCAGUGCUCUCGAAGCUCACCUAGAGGCCGUGGCAGAGUCACGCCAAAGAGCUGAGGCUGCGCUGUCCUCCCUGCUCAGUGCUUUGCGCAGUGCUCUGGGUGUGACGCCUCACGAGGCCGAGGCUGGUGGUACAGAGGAAGGGCAGCUGGUUGUAGGGGCAGUCCAGGGCCUCAUGGGUAAAGUGGUCUCUCUGGCCAAUGACAAGGAUAAACUGGAGGCCGAAGCUGAGCAGUGUCGCCGGAAGCAGCAGGAACUGCAGACUCAGCUCGUGGCCACUGCUGGCGACCUCAGGCGGCAUGAAGCAGCUCGGAAACGACUUAGUGCAGAGAAUGUGGAGCUGCACCAGCAGACAUGCCAGCAGCUGGAAGAGGCCUCACGGUUGCGCCUGGAGCUGCAGACGGUGCAGCUGGAGCGCUCCUCCCUGCAAGACCAGCUGGAAGAGAGUAGGCGACAACUAGAGCUGCAGGCACAGCAGUUGGAGCGGCUCAAGGCGUCAUCCCGGAAUCAGUUACUGGAUGCACGGCUGUCUGAGAAGGAGGCUGAACUACAGUUGGCAAGAGCUCGGCUCGAACGUCUGCAGCAAUACCUUGCGGUCAGCCACACCCAACAGCACAAGGCAGGACUUUCUUUCUCUAGCAGGCACAAAAAGAGACAAAAAAAUUAG